CGUGAUGCUCGCGCUGGGAGAACCGGCUACUGGCGAUUGACAUGGCGGCAGCGGCGGCGACUGCGGCGACGAAGGGGAAUGGGGGUGGCAGUGGCCGGGCCGGGGCCAGCGAAGCCAGCGGCACGCGGAAGAAGAAGGGCCCGGGGCCUCUGGCCACGGCGUACUUAGUCAUCUACAAUGUGGUCAUGACGGCAGGGUGGCUCGUUAUAGCGGUUGGUCUGGUGAGAGCAUACCUGGCUAAGGGUAGCUAUCAUAGCCUUUAUUAUUCGAUUGAAAAGCCUUUGAAAUUCUUCCAAACUGGAGCCUUAUUAGAGAUUUUACAUUGUGCGAUCGGAAUUGUACCAUCUUCUGUCGUCCUGACUUCUUUCCAGGUGAUGUCUAGGGUUUUUCUAAUAUGGGCAGUAACACAUAGUGUCAAAGAGGUACAAAGCGAAGACAGUGUCCUCCUGUUUGUUAUUGCUUGGACAGUCACAGAAAUUAUCCGUUACUCCUUUUACACAUUCAGUCUAUUAAACCAUCUGCCUUACCUCAUCAAAUGGGCCAGGUACACACUUUUCAUUGUACUGUACCCAAUGGGAGUAUCAGGAGAGCUGCUCACAAUAUAUGCGGCUUUGCCCUUUGUCAGACAGGCUGGCCUGUAUUCCAUCAGCUUACCUAACAAAUACAAUUUCUCCUUUGACUAUCAUGCGUUCCUAAUUCUGGUAAUGAUCUCUUACAUUCCACUUUUUCCCCAGUUAUACUUCCACAUGAUACACCAAAGAAGAAAGAUCCUUUCUCAUACUGAAGAACACAGGAAAUUUGAAUAGCUCCUGCUUUUCUCCAAAAACAAAACAAAGCAAAAACUUUUCAAUAAUCAAAAAAUGCUGCAGACUUUUUGAGUUCCCAACACGUUUCAUAGAAAAUAAGUAAGAACUAUUUUUAAAAUAUUAAAGAAAGAAAACAAAACAAAAAUCAAAAUCCAGUGUUACAUUGGUCUGGGAUUUUAUUUAAAAAAAAAAAAAAGAAG